UGCGACCGAGAGUGGGCAAAGCGCAGAGCGCACAGCCGUCGCGUGGCUGACUCCGUCGUGCCACCGCCGCCGCCUGGUCGCUUGCAGCAGCAGGAGCCACGGAGAGGACAGAGAGAGACGCGCCUUCGACUAAACCGCCAGGGGCAAGGAGGCCACGAGAGGCUCCGAGGUCCGGACAUGGGACUCGUGGAACAUGAACCGCCGGAGGGCGGCGGAUCUUGGCGGAACUGCGCGCCCGCCAGUUGGAACUUGGAGGACCUCUGCCUACGCAGCGUCCCGCUUCCGUGGGGAGCUUUGCCUUAACCCGUCAAGCGCACUUUUAACAUGGGCAAGAACCUGGACUCCAGUCCGUCUGUCAGCGGACCUCCCGUGAGAAAUUGCAGUGGACAUAUAAGCAGCUGCAACAUGGAGACCAACAUUUCCUAUGUGGGUUUCUACCUCCAUCAGCCACUCGUGGCUGCAGUCUUCAUCAUCUCCUACCUUCUCAUCUUCCUCCUGUGCAUGAUUGGCAAUGGAGUGGUGUGUUUCAUCGUGCUGAGGAGCAAACAUAUGCGCACUGUCACCAACCUCUUCAUCCUGAACCUCGCUGUCAGUGACCUGCUGGUGGGGAUAUUUUGCAUGCCCACUACCUUAGUGGAUAACAUCAUAUCAGGAUGGCCCUUUGGGAAUAUUGCCUGCAAGAUGAACGGAAUGGUCCAGGGAAUAUCUGUCUCAGCUUCUGUCUUCACUUUAGUGGCAAUUGCAGUCGACAGGUUCCGCUCCAUUGUUUACCCUUUCAAGCAGAAGCUCACCAUCUGGACAGCGGUUGUCAUCAUAGUUGUCAUCUGGGUCCUGGCCAUUGCCAUCAUGUGCCCGUCUGCCGUGAUGUUGAAGGUGGAAGAAUCCCGGCAUUUCCGAGUGUUGCUCGGUUACGGCAACAGAACCAGCCCCAUAUACUGGUGCCGGGAGGACUGGCCGAACCAGGACAUGAGGAAGAUCUAUACAACCGUGCUCUUUGCCAACAUCUACCUGGCCCCUCUGUCCCUCAUUGUCAUCAUGUAUGCCCGGAUUGGGAUCACGCUCUUCAACACCUCGUUGCCUGCCUCUGGGAAGCAGGGCCAGGAGCGCCACUCUGUCUGCAGGAAGAAGCUGAAGGUCAUCAAGAUGCUCAUCAUCGUGGCAUUGCUUUUCAUCCUCUCCUGGCUGCCCUUGUGGACCUUGGCGAUGCUCUCCGACUACGCUGACCUGAACGAGGAACAGCUGCAGGUCAUCAACAUCUACAUCUACCCAUUCGCUCACUGGCUGGCCUUCUUCAACAGUAGCAUCAACCCCAUCAUCUAUGGCUUUUUCAACGAGAACUUCCGGCGAGGCUUCCAGGCAGUUUUCCGGCUUCAGCUCUGCUCUGGGGAUGGGAUGCCCAGGGAAACCUACUCCCAGCGUGGACAGAGCAAUGCCAUUUUGCCAGCAGCUGAUCCGCAGGAGCCGGAGCAUAGCCUUACAUCAGCGAUGAUGGGGAAGUCAACUCAGAAAGGGAACUGGAUGGACAAGACGCAGGUUUUGAUGAUGGAGAACCUCGAACAGGUUUCCAACAACAAUGGUGUUAAGCAGGACCUGCUAUAAACUACCUCAGCCGUUUGGUUUUGCCAAAAGAGCCAUGAUAUUCAAGCCCUAUCUGGCAAAAACAUCUGCAGCUGUUUUAGGACUUUCUUGCUUGUACAGUGUAUAUACGUUUUUGUAAUUACAUCUGAUGGUUAGGGGGUCAGGGGGCGAAGUGGUUUCCUAUGCCAGUACAAACCAGGAAUGUUUAUAUCAUAAGCUAGAAAUGAUAUUUGGACCAUCUCACUGGAGUAGUCUCAAAGUCCUGACUCUAAGGGAGCUCUGGAUCUUAGCAGGAUGCAGCCUGUUGCAAAACCUAUCAGUGUAAGCUUGACCAGCUUUUAUCUAAGACAUACUGUCAGUUAGAAGGCCAACACCCUUCAGACUGGGAAAUAUUUCCUGUUGAAAAGGCAAUCCUGGGUCACUCAAAACAAUCAAAACUCCUGGAUAUGCCCUAACACUCCAUGGCCUUAACAUAAACAUUUACCUCUUUUAUUAAUUAUUUUAGAAUAUAUAUUUUAGGUCACUUACAUGGAAGGUACCAUCACCCUGAGAAU